CGCAGGCAAGGAAUGUCUGAUCUUUCUUAAUGGGCGUCAGCUUGCCCCGGAACGGGUUGCCAGAGAGAUGCGUCGAUAUAGCGGCAAUCGCGGUCAAGAUCUAGAGGAUGGCAGUGUCCCACAUCGGUAUUGAUACCACAGACCAGCAUCGGGUAGAACUGCGCACAAAGGACCUCUCAGAGAGCGAUAUCUCGGCAGGCGUCGGAUCGAGCGUUGCACGACUUGGUUCGUCAUCAGAUGCCACUUGUGUCAUAAAAUCUCAUGGCACAAACUCAGCAAAUAUUGAUUCUGUAGAGGAGAUCUUCCUCGAUAUCGACGGGAACGACCUAGAAAUGAGCAUCCGAUUGGAGAACGAAUCUCCGGAUCUGCAAACCAUGCAGAGCAUCCUUCGCACGCGUAGUGAUCAAGCAGGUGUGCACGGCAAUAGUGAGAAUACGACAUCACUCAUGAAUCAGCGACCGUUUCCAACGCCUGAAUUCUUCAUGCCUGGCUACGGCUUUCCUAAUCCAAGCAUGGUGCCGAAGUUUCGUUUCAGGAUACCAGCUCGCUUCUCGAAGAUGUUGCAUAGUAUGGCGCGGGAUGUUUCUCAACUGAAUCACUUCAUGAACUCUCUCAAAGGGGACAUCAAUAGUCUUGCCUCUAAUUUCAACCAAGUCCAGUGGUCAGCCUGGCUGGAGACACGACAUUCUCGCUGUGGCUGGACAGCUCUGGCGAGUUUUGAUACUUCUCUACACCUCAUGAGGCCGAUCUACUCAAUUGCAGAGGGAAUUUCUCUCUAGCCACGAUGUCCGGAGAUGUCUUAAGAACGCGGAUACAAUGAAUUGCCACGUUGCUAUCUGCCAAGAUCAGCGUUUGCUGGAUUUGUUUUUUGCCGUUGUUCUAUAUCUGAUCUGCAACAAUAUCGCAGGGGGCCAAGCAAUACCACCAUUUCUCCAAUGGGUGACUGAAAUGAAUGUACUGGAUCAUUUUGCAACCUAUUUGAAGAUUAAUUCAGGUGACCCCGACGCCUUCUUAGAGGCAGCUAUACGACGACUCCAACUCGGCCUGGAUCAUGACACCGACUCAUCUACAUCGCACUCUUCUCAAUCCUCAUGGUG